GUGUGUGUGUGUGUGUGUGUGUGUGUGUGUGUGUGUUUAGCCAUUGAUUUGGCAGGGUUGGGCGGUAUAGUCUAUAGAGAGGCAUGGUUUUUGACGCCGCACAGUUAUAGAAAAAAGACAAGUGAAACGGUAGGCUUUACGUCAUGUAGGGAGGGGACGGCGAACUGCGUGGUGAACUGAGCAGGCUUUAAAACUCUUCACUCUCCGAUUUAGAGUCAGAAUACAACAUCUUCCAAAAGGAUUGGGUUUGCUGCUUUUCCAGUGAUGUGCCUAUUGUUGACAACUUUUGUCUCCAUAGUCCGGAUUUAACGAUAUUUGGAAGGGUGAAGAGGAGAGGAUACACAACUUUUUUAUUUCACCAUAGUGUCUAUUUUGGUGUAUCCUAAAUAGCCUUAUUUUCCCUCUUUAUUGCAUUGACUUGAAGCUAUAGAUAACCCAUCAACAGACAAUAAGUCAUCAGAGGCUUACACUUGGCAUUUUGCCACCCACCACAUCUCCAUCCCCUUUCCCUCGUGUCUUGCACUCACCCUGUAAACUCCGAAGACAAGACAUGGUGUGUCUGAAGAAAUAUUUCACAGAGGGCUUGAUCCAGGUAGCCAUCCUGCUCAGUCUGGUUGGCGUCAGAGUAGAUGUGGGCCCUUACCUGCCCCCCUGGAACGAGAUGAUCUUGGGCCCCACCUCUGCCCUCACCCAGACUCAGUUCCACAACCCCCACAAUCAGCUGGAUGGCCAGGACCUCCACCCCAAGAGUGUAGACCUGGACGGCUUCUUCACAGCCCGGAGACUCCUGGGCUGGGUCCGCUCCCUGGACUGCCUCCGGGUGCCUAGCUCGGAGCUAGAAACCUGGCUUGUGCGGCGCGAGCCUGAUGCCCUGGUGGUGGGGGCUCAAGGUCAGCCAGCCCCCCUGGAGGCAGGGGCAGGUGGGUUGGAGGAUCAUGCGGGUGACCAGGUGGAGUCGGUCAUGAGGUCAAGCGUGGUGGCGGGGUCGCAGGAGUCGGGUUACGGGCCAAUCAGAGAGGACAGUCUGGACACCACAGCGCCGCUUCUAAGAAGAAGCCAUGAGGAGGAGGAUGAAGAUCUAUAUGAAGAGGAUACAGAUAUGCUUUGGCAGGAUCACUCUGAUCUUGGACGUCAUCAGAGGCCUGAGGAGGAGCUGGUGGGGGACACCUGGAGAGAAAUCUGGAGGGAUGGUGGACGCUCUUAUGACCUUGCGAAUAGAGAACUUGCACAGGAUUUAUCUGAUCAGUUUGCCAGCUUGGAAGCUCAGUCCUCAAUGUCCUUCCAGGAAUGUCUACGGCUCUUGGAAGACACCUUCCCUUUUGGAGAGGAGACAGAGCUGUCAGACCCAGUUGGCGUAGAUCGGAGGGAAGCCGCCAGCGGAGAGGACCCAACCCCUGUCCGAGAGCUUCUCCUGUCCCCCCUGCUGUCCCAUGAGGAACCCUCUCUGGACUUGGAGCAGCAGUGGCAUGAUAUUCUCGCCACCAUGGAGCCAGAAGAUAUGGAUAUGGACCUUGGCAGAGAUGAAAUGCAAUCUGGAUCUAUUCAGAGUUCCAGCUUGAUGGACCCCGUUCACCAGGAUGUCAGCCUUCAUCAGGCAAUCCUGCCCGGAAGCAGCCAGGAUAGUUACCCCUUCAACUCCAGCUUUGGGGGCAGUGUUCCCCUGGAGGACCCACUCCAGCCAGCCCUGCUCAGUCAGUCCUCCAGCGGACCUGACUUUGACCAUAACUUGACCUUUGGCCCAUCUGACCUGACAGAUAACACUCUUCCUUUGACACUCAAUGGCACAGUUGGCAACCCCAUGCCUUCCAUUCAGUCAAGCCUCUUUCUGGAGGAACCAAUCCUGCCUAGCCCACUCGGCUCCCUAUUGGAUGAUGCCUUGCUGGAUGAGAUUAGUUUCCUGGACCUGGCUCUGGAGGAAGGCUUCAACCCAACACAGGCCUCCCAACUUGAGGAGCUAGACUCUGACUCUGGACUUUCUCUAAACUUCAGCCACAGCCCUGCAUCCCCUAGCAGCUCGGAGGCAUCCUAUUCCUCUUCUUCAUCCUCUUCAUCAUCUGACUCUUCUGUGUUUUCUGACGAAGGGGCUGUGGGCUACAGCUCUGACAUGGAGGAUAUUGUGAUGCGAGAGGAAGGUGCCGUGGGAGGCUACUCCCCAAAAGUCCGUAAGAUGUGCAGCUACCAGAAGCCUGGGCGUUUCAACAACCUCCCUUGGCUGGAACAAGUGGGCCACGACCAUACCUACAACCAGCCAUGGGCCACCUCUCCCACGCAGGGAAAAUCACAUUACAGCAAAACCUAUGAGCAUGACAUUUCCGAUAAGCUUUGGGGCCGUGAUGAGCGCCGGGCUCUCGCCAUGAAGAUCCCCUUCUCCAACGAUCUCAUUGUCAACCUACCCGUGGAGGAGUUCAAUGAACUUCUGACCAAGCAUUGUCUCAGUGAGGCCCAGCUCAACCUGAUCCGAGACAUUCGCAGGCGGGGCAAAAACAAGAUGGCCGCUCAGAACUGCCGCCGACGCAAGCUUGAUGUCCUGUUUGAGCUCGAGGAGGGAGUAGAAGGAUUAUACCGCCACAAGGCCCGUCUGUUAAAGCAAAAGGCAGAGAACCUUCGCUCUGUCCGGGAAAUGAAGCAGCGGCUCAGUGGUCUUUACCAGGAGGUUUUUUCCCGUCUGCGGGAUGAGCAAGGAAGACCCUUGCCUGCCACUGACUACACCCUACAGUUUGGCAAUGAUGGACAGGUCCUGCUUGCUACACGGAACGGUUCAGCCAGUGAACAAAACCGCAAGCCCCACAACAAACAGAAGAGCAGAAAAAAGUGAACAUUUGUUGGGUGUGCAGUUUGAUGUAGCACUCAAGGAGUCGCUUGACAAGGGGAUGGCUGUAAAGAUUAAAUAUCUCACAACAAGAUGGAACUGAAAAGGAAAGAUGUAAGAGGAAACCUAAAUCAGUUUAAUCUGCUCUGAUAGUUUAUUUGCUGGAAAGGACAUGUAGCACAAAUAUGAUCAUGCAAGAAUCUUGUGAACAUCUUGGAAAAACAAAGGGAAAACCUGUCUCAGGGGCAAAAUAACUGUUGGGAGGACCAUGUCAGCCUUCCAAAGAAAUACAGUACAUAAACCACUAAGGUGACAAGGAGGAAUGGCUAGCCUACGGCCUUCAGACACAAGACCGGGCUCUUGGCGCAAUGCGGGCACAUUGCUGUCCCAGUCUUCCAGUGCCUAUAUGUUGAGGGUAGGCCUAGGUUCCUUGAAGUCAUCACUCAGACAAUUUAUUAGGUACACAUCUAGUACCAGCUCAGAGCCCCCUUUGCCUCCAGAACAACCUGAACUCUUCGGGGCAUGGAUUCUACAACGUGUCGGAAACGUUUGUUGCUCAAUUGGUAUCAAGGAAAAACAUUCCCCACACCAGCUUGUACCAGGCAAGAUGGGUCCACAGACUCAUGCUGUUUAUGCCAAGUCCUGACUCCGACGCAACAGGAACUGAGAUUCAACAGACCAGACAAUGUUUUUCCAAUCCUCAAUUGUCCAGUGUUGGUGAUGACAUGCCCACUAGAGCCGCUUCUUGUUUUUAGCUAAUAGGAGUGGAACAAGGUAUGGUGUCUGCUACAAUAGUCCAUCUGUGACAAGGAUCAACAAGUUGUGCGUUCCGAGAUGCCGUUCUGCACACAACUGUUGUACUGCAGCGUUACUUGCCUGUUUGUGGCCCACCUGUUAGCUUGCAGGAUUCUUGCAAUUCUCCUUCGACCUCUCAUCAACGAGCUGAUUUCACCCACAGGACUGCCGCUGACUGGAUGUUUUUGUAUGUCGCACCAUUCUCGGUAAACCCUAGACCCUGUUGUGUGUGAGAAACUGUGGGAGUGGGAGUUUGAGAUACUGGAUCUGGUGAGCCUGGCACUGACGAUCAUACCACGCUCAGGUCACUCGUUGCCCAUUCUAACGUUCAAUCAAAUAGCAACUGAAUGCCUCGAUGCCAAUCUGCCAGCUUUACAAAGCAAGCCUCAGCCACAAGACUCCCUGUCUUGUCUGUAAGAGUUAGCCAUUUUCAUGAACAGGGUGGUGUACCUUUGUAAAUUGAGCGGUGAGUGUAUAUCAGUAAAAAGGACAGGGGAGCCUGGUUGAGAACAAAAGGGAACCAAAAAUAUUUGCUCCGGUCUAAAGUGAACACAACAGACAAGUUACCAUUAACUGGUGCAUUAUGGCUGUCAGUGAAGGAGUUGGAUAGUGCUUUUAGUAAAGCCUUAUAGUUACCCACACAGCUAUCUGUGGUUCUCAGGGGAUGUGACAUGAUGCAGACAAUGGUACAAUGAUAUUCAGGAAAUAAGACUGCUUUAAAGUACCUGAAUAUAAUAUCUACUCCGGCCCAGUGCCAACAAUAUUGUGUUAAUGAUAUGGUUGUGGACUUUUGUUUGUAACACGUUGAAAUUGAAUGCCUUUAUCACCGGUAUCAUACUGGAAUAUAACUUAAUGCUGCAUAAAAUAUCACAGCAUUUUCAUAAAUGUUAAAAAUUAAAAUUUAUGAAAUGCCACUACAAGUACUGUGAUUGUGGCUUCCCACUACCUUUAUGCUUUGUCAAGUGUCCAAUAUCAUAAAAGUACUUUAAAAAAAAUGUAUAUAUAUUUAAACCCUGAAUUGGGUGCUAUAUGGUAUUAUUGGUUUUAAAAUAACAAUAUUGUGUUUUAGGAGGUUCUCACCCGUUUCAUACUUUUGAGUACUUCCUGGCAACCAAUGGAUGUUACUUUUGGGUGAAUAAAACAUUUAACCCCU